GGAAAUGACCUCAUGAACAAGAUCUCCGAUCAGAUCAAGUCCGGUGCCAGAGCCUUUCUGACCACUGAGUACAAGUACCUGUCAGGCUUUGUGGCUGUCGUGUUUAGCGUCCUACUUGUCCUCUAUACCCUCGAUCCCCCGUCCGGUGACAAGACAGACGGUAUCCGCUACGCAUCCUGUUUCCUCUGCGGUGCCGUCCUUUCCGCCUCGGCUGGAUGGGGUGGAAUGGCGGUGGCAACGGACGCCAACGUCCGUACUACCCAAGCCGCCGAUACGGAAGGUCUCGGGGUCGCGCUUCGCGUCGCCUUUACCGGUGGGGCCGUCAUGGGAUUCACGGUAGUUGGUCUCGGUCUGUUGGGUCUUUCCAUCAUGUUUUACCUGCGCCUCCGCUUUGGCGCGGACGUGAUAGCCGGAUUCGGUUUCGGUGCCUCAAGCAUUGCCCUCUUUGCUCGAGUAGCUGGAGGAAUCUACACGAAGGCCGCCGAUGUGGGUGCCGAUCUUGUGGGCAAGGUUGAGAUGGACAUUCCCGAAGACGAUCCCCGUAACCCUGCUGUGAUUGCCGAUAACGUCGGCGACAAUGUCGGGGAUGUUGCUGGUAUGGGAGCUGAUUUGUUCGAGUCGUUUGUUGGAUCCAUCAUUGCUGCUAUCACUCUCGCCAACGGCGAUAUCACACUCAUCAUGCUCCCGUUUUGGAUUUCUGGAGCUGGUAUCAUUGCUGCUAUUAUUGGAUUCUUCGCAGUCAGCUGCAAGGAUGAUGCUGGUCAGAAGGAACUCAUGUUUGCCCUCCACAAGUCCACCAUUGUUUCCUCAACCUUGGUAGUCGGUUUCAGUGCACUGAUCGUUGCCUUCCUAUUUGAUGGGCGAUCCAAGGAAGGAUGGGAAGUCUUUGGAUGCAUUGUCAUUGGUCUCGUGGCGGGUGUUCUCAUUGGACAAGUGACGGAAUACUUCACAUCCUAUUCGUACUGGCCUACCAAGUCCAUUACAGAUGCUGGUGUUACCGGACCCGCUACCGUCAUUAUUCAAGGCCUCGGUGUUGGCAUGAUUUCUACCGUCUUCCCAGUCAUUAUCAUCGUUGCUACCAUUCUUGGAUGUAACGCGUUAUCUGGUGAAUACGGUAUUGCCUUGGCUGCCGUUGGUAUGCUUUCCACUUUGGGCGUGACUCUCGCUACGGACGCGUACGGUCCGAUUGCUGACAACGCUGGAGGUAUUGCCGAAAUGGCCGAGCUGGAAGAACGCGUCCGCGACACAACUGACGCUUUGGAUGCUUUGGGUAACACCACUGCUGCUACCGGUAAGGGAUUUGCUAUCGGAUCUGCUGUGCUUACGGCAUUGUCGUUGCUUUCUGCCUUUACUGAUAAGGCCGGCUUGGGCAACGUCAACGUCGACAUCGGUGAACCUGUUGUGCUUGCGGGAGUUUUGAUUGGAGCCAUGCUUCCUUUCUUGUUCGCUGCCUUGACUAUGCUUUCAGUGCAAAAGGCUGCUGGAGCCAUCAUUAUUGAAGUCCGUCGACAGUUCGCCGAGAUCCCUGGACUCCGCGAAGGAACUGCUGAAGCCGAUUCGGACAAGUGUGUUGCGAUCUCUACGCAGAGUUCUGUUGAAGAAAUGGUACUCCCUGGAAUUUACGCUAUUCUUUCGCCAAUCACCGUCGGCUUUCUCAUUGGGCCUCGCUGCUUGACCGGUCUUCUCGGAGGAGCGAUUGCUUCUGGUAUGAUGCUGGCACUCAUGAUGGCAAAUGCUGGUGGAGCUUGGGACAACUCCAAGAAGUACAUCGAAAUUGAGGGUGCCAAGGGAGGAAAGGGAACCGAAACGCACAAGGCCUGCAUUGUUGGUGACACUGUCGGAGAUCCUUUUAAGGAUACCAGUGGCCCGUCCCUUAAUAUUCUUAUCAAGCUCAUGAGCAUUAUCUCACUCACCAUCGCGCCGUUGAUGGAG